UGGGUCAACAUUAUGAUCAAUGAAAUUUUAAUUUCUUCACUUUUUUAUUGCGACUUGUUACUCUUUUGAUCAAGACAAGUGAAUCUGACUAUAACCACCACUGUAUAGGUGUUAUGUAUAUCAAUCAUGUUACAUGUACAAUUGACAUUGACAAUUUCGAUUGACAACUACGCACAUGAGAGAAGGGCUGAUGAAUAAAAAAAUCGUGAACCCUUUUUUGUAAGAAAGUUGUCAAUCGGAGUUGUCAAUCUCAAUUGUACAAUUAGAAAAAUUCUAUGUACAUUAAUAGGAAUGAGAACAGUUUGGAAAUUUGUGUGUGUGUGUGGAGAAUUUUGUCUGGUUUUAGAUAAAAGAAAAAUUAAAUAAAAAAUCAGCCACAAAAAUGGAGAAUUCAGAUCCACCUAUUCAUGGCAGAUGUCCAGAUUUAUUUUCACAUGUAAUAGGAUGAACUGUUAUCAACCUCCCUUAUUCUAUCCCCCAACAUCCAGGAUUAAUAGAAUCAUAUUAAAACCAUAAUUUUUUCGAUUAAGCAUUUUUAUUUUUAUUUUUUGAAAUCCUCUUGAAAUAGUAAAUUCAAUUAGAAUUUUAUUACUGUAAAUUAAUGUCAGAGUUUAAACUCCUUCCCCAAGCACACUACUCGCUCGCGUUAAUAAUAAUACUAUAAGGGUAUAAUCAACAAACCACUCGAGCUCCGGGUUCGAUCAUUAUGAUAAUUUUUUCCCCAUUUUAUCUGAUAUUUUUCACAAUUUUCCGUUUAGACUUUUUGUUUAAACAUGAGGAAGCAGAAUUCAAGACCUCGUCGCCAACAAUCUGAGAGAGAUUGCAGAGAAGUUGGGCUGAAAAAUUGUGUUUCGGUUGCACAUGCCUGCAGCUUUUCUGGGCUCGAGUGGUUAUGCGCAAGUGGCUCAACCUCACCACCAACAAUUCCGAUUUCUCCGCUGACACAGACUCCGAUGCCGAUUCCGAUUCCGAUUCGAACUCCGACCCAGAAAAUUGUCAAUGGCCGGGAGAAUCGCGGUUUAAGAAUGAUAGAAAUGAUGCCUAUGGCUAAUGAGGUUCUUCCCAGGAUAAGAAGAAAGUCGGAGACAUUUAGGUCUCAGUAUAUAAACACAAAGGAAAUCAGAAUAUGUGCGGGCACAUGGAAUGUUGGAGGAAGAGUUCCUCCAGACGACCUGGAUCUAGAUGGCUGGUUAGAUGUUGAUGACCCCGCUGACAUAUAUGUAAUUGGUCUACAGGAGAUUAUACCAUUAAGUGCUGGUAAUAUAUUUGGCGCUGAAGACCGGCGCCCUGUUUCAAUAUGGGAAAACAGAAUUCGUGAAACUCUGAACAAAAUUCCGCAAGUCACUAAAUUCAGAUGCUAUAGUGACCCUCCUUCUCCAUCAAGGUUUAAGCCAUCUGAAGAUGCCCCAAACAUAGAUGAAAUCUUACAGACUGACAGUGACAUUGAGGAAGAAAUCUGCCCACUAAAUGAAGAAUCGAAUUUUGUUGAUGAAAUCAAGGAUGGAACAGUCACAGGAGAUAAUGUUGUUGAUCUCAAUGCCCCUGUUUCCAUUGACAAACACAACUUGGGAGUUUCAGUUGAAAAGGAGUUGCAAAGCCAAUUUUCUUCUCCAGUCACCCUGGACAGAUUGAACUGCUUCAGGGCAGAGGAUUCUGAAGAAAAUGUAGCGAUACCAAGCACCCAGUACAUCAAUAAGUUAGCCAGAACGCUAAGUGGGACAGAACGGAUUGGUUUAAGCUGGCCAGAGCCACCUCUACAUCUUUUGGGUCAGCAUGUUUUAGGGAAAACUAAUUCCUUCAAAUCCUUCAAAGCCUCCAAAUCUUUCAGGACAUAUAGUUCUUUCAAGUCAAACAUGGCUGGUGAAAAUAGAAUGAGACCAGAUAUAGCAUCACUUGCCGAGCUUGACCUUGAAAGGCUGAUAAACCGGAAAAAAAGGUCCCCUUACGUUAAAAUAGUAAGCAAGCAAAUGGUUGGAAUUUUCCUUACCAUCUGGGUUCGUAGAAGCAUGCGAAGACACAUAAAGAACUUAAAUGUGUCUUCUGUCGGUGUUGGUGCUAUGGGCUAUAUAGGGAACAAGGGAUCAAUAUCUGUUAGCAUGUCUAUAUAUCAGACGCUCUUCUGUUUCAUUUGUACUCAUCUCACGUCAGGUGAGAAGGAUGUUGAUGUAGCCAAGAGAAUCACUGAUGUCCAAGAAAUACAUAGACGGACGUGCUUUAAUUCGCUUUCUAGUAUUGGGCUUCCUCAAAGCAUCCGUGACCAUGAAAGGAUAAUCUGGCUGGGAGACCUAAAUUAUCGUAUUAAUUUGUCAUAUGAGGAAACAAAAGAGCUAAUUUUGAAGGAGGACUGGGCUAAGUUAGUUGAGCAUGAUCAGCUCAUCAGAGAGUUUAGGAAAGGUCGGGCAUUUGAUGGAUGGUCUGAAGGUACUUUGAACUUUGCUCCAACUUACAAAUAUCAGACAAAUUCAGACACUUACUGUGGAGAGGAUUCUAGGGCUGGGAGGCGCACUCCAGCAUGGUGUGAUCGCAUUCUUUCUUUUGGGAAGGGAAUGAAGCUACUAAGCUAUAGGAGAAGUGAACUUAGGCUAUCUGAUCAUCGACCUGUGACUGCCUCUUAUAUGGUGGAAGUUGAAGUAUUUUCCCCAAAGAAGUUGCAACGGGCACUCAUUUUCACUGAUGCAGAAAUUGCAGAAGAGGACAUUGAACUAGAUGGAAAUUGGUAGUGAUUUGAGUCGGUGUAGAUCAGGAUAGUUGCUGAUUACCGAGUGUAGCAGAUGAUCAUUUAGAAUCAAAUCCAGAAAUUGAAGCCUUAGGAAUGUCAACUUGUGAAAAAUGCAAGUCAGAACACUCUUGACAAUCUUCAGAGGACAGAGAUAAGAGAGCAUCCAAGACAUGACGGAUCUCCUGGGGUCGUUUUCUAUUGAUUCUUCAUUGUGACAGUGAUUGAGCUUGUACAUGAAAUGGUUAGUUUGUCAACGUGCUGUAAAUUCUUAUUUUCCUUCCAUUUUUGCUUGUAAGGUAUUAUUUAUUGAAGGCAUAUAUUUUUUUUUAAUAUUUUAUUAUUAUUAUUUUUUUAUCAGUAGUUUCUAUUGAAAUUACAGAUGAGUUCUAAUGAGAGAUGUUAAAGAUGUAAAAUAUUUUCCUUA